AUGUCCAAUGAAGAAAGGUUAACAACUCUUACCCAGAAGCUACAGAUUCCACCAAACUUUUUACGAAUCGAGCAUAUAACCGACACAGCUGCUAUAUCCGAGCUUGAACGUUGGAAACGCGACGCGGCAUCAGUAUUGCAAGAUAUUCUUCACAUUAUCAAAACCAAACAAUCUUUGCCAGUGGAUACACAAAGCGAUGUACUCUUCAGAACGCUGCCAUUCGCCUCGAAUCAUAUACUAGAUAGGGAUGGAAUAAUUCAAGUUUCUUAUGGUGACGAACCCUGGAUGUCGCCCGACUCACGCUAUGCCGCCGACGAGUAUAAGCUGAAGCCAAUAUUUAAAUUAAGUCCGCAUCCCAAUCUUCAUGCUGAAACUGGACGAAAGGUCACCAAUCGCCCCGGUGGCCCAUUGGCGGUUCACGACUAUUACGAGGAGCAAAAGUGGAAAGAAUACCCAGGAGUCGAAAAGAUCGUCUUGUGGUGUAUAUCUGGAUUACAGGAAAAUGUAUAUGAAACAAUGUGGCAUUUACUGAUCCCUCCGGUUAUGACUUUGUUAGAUGACUUUGAGGCUAGAAAUAAGUUGCAUGGGGUGAUUAUUGUUCGACAAAUGCUGUCAAACGUACCUAAAGUCCUUCUACGAAGGACCGGAGUUGACGGCUUGCUGAGACAAUCAUUAAAGACAUCACUUUCUCAUUUACAAAGUCCAGAAACACCACGACUUCUGAAAUUAGCAAUCGAAACAUCUGUCUCUUUGACUUUACUUACUACCUCUCCUUCGCCAGGAGGAAAACCGUCCCCAGACCGUUUUAAUGAACUGUCCUCACUUUUAGGAGAGGGUAUCAUUACAGGCAUCUGGUUGUAUGCCGAAGACAAACCAGAUGCCGUCAACGCAACCUUUGAAGCUCUUCCCUUCCUUUUGAAAGAACUUGGUAUUGGAAGCAUUCGGUUUAUGAAGCCCUUGAUUCCCCAGCUUACACAUACACUUAUUCCCCGCCCGUUGGUCGAACCAGACACAACGAUGCAACUUUCAGCUAUCAAGGUCUUAUACACCUUGCUUGAUGUCUGUGAACCCAGAAUCGAGCCUUGGAAAGAAACAAUUUUGAAUGCAAUCGGACGAUGUUGGGUUGGAUUGAUGGACCAAGAGCGUGGUGCCCCGAAUACAGAAGUGAAGAAAGGUCUCCAGAUGCUUUGCAUGAAAAUGGCCGAAAUCUGCCCUUCUGUGACACAGAAUGAAUUCCAAAAACUUCUUCAGGCAGACAAGGAAUUGUUUGAGGAUUUAUUACCUCGACACGGCCGUGUGGCAACGUAA